UGCUUGUUCGUUUUGAGCUGUUUAUGUGGAACUGUGUCGUUAAGUGCUGUUUGUGGAAGCGUCACUACUUCGUCGCUGUAGCCUCACCGUGUAACGUAGCCGUUGUUGGUGGGUAUACAGUCACCGUCUUCACAUGUCAGCGGGACCCCGUGUGAGAAGGGAUUCUAUGGCAAGAUGGCUGAGUGAGAUCUACAGCUGUAUAUGGGUCUUCAGCCAGAUGUUACUUUCAGCUGCAGCUGGGGGUGAGGAUCACGUGAAACCAAACAUUGUGCUCAUACUGGCUGAUGAUUUAGGAUGGAACGAUAUUGGCUACCACAACCCCGACAUGAAGACGCCAAACAUCGACCGCCUAGCAACACAAGGCAUCAAGUUGAACCAGUCCUAUACCCAAUCUAUAUGUACGCCAACAAGAUCAGCUCUAAUGACUGGCAGAUACCCAUUCAAGACGGGAAUGCAGCACGGCGUUCUAUUUUCGACUGACAACGCCUGCCUCCCCACGCAACACCGGCUAAUGAGCGAGGAUCUCCGACAGCACGGCUACUCCACACACCUGGUGGGCAAAUGGCACCUUGGGUUCUGCAAGUGGGCGUGUACUCCCACCUACCGUGGGUUCGACUCCUUCUUCGGUUACUACUCGGGGGCUCUGGACUACUACUCCAAAACAUGUGAGUUGAGUUGCACCGUGAGAGUUGCACCGUGUGAGUUGCACAAUUGUUGGUUUUCACUUUGCCGGUUUUAUGCGUGAGUUGCACAACUUUCGUCAGUUAUUCAAAUAUGGACCAAACUAUCGUGAGCAACCCUCAACCGUAUGGGAUAGAACUUCAAAAUUGAAAUCAUUAUAGAUGCUGACGAAGCAUAUGCCAAUGAUGGGCCUAAUAAGAAGAGAAACCCGCUGUAUUGUAAAAAGCCAUGCUUAAUGAUUUUGAAAGGAAUUGGGCAAAGUAUCGAAACUUAAUUAAUGAAAAAAUGAUUUAAUCACUUAUUGGGUAUAUAU